CAGCAGCCGCCGGGCAGUGGAGGGGGCAGUGGGAGGUUUGCGGUCGGGGACACGGGAUCUUCAUCAGACGAGAUAUUUGUAGCGGACGAGUCAAAACUCGCCGUCCUCUUUGGCAGCGGCGGCGGGGCUGGCGGAGGCAGCGGGGGCGGCGGCGGCGCAGGGGCGCUCCAGCCCAGCAUCCCCACGCGCACGCAGCUGCAGCCGCCGCACAGCCCGAUGGCUAUGAGUUUGACGGCGGAGCCCAGCAGCGGCGGCGGCGCAGCGGCGGCGUUGGGCCUGGUGGCGGCGCCACAUCAGCAGCGACCACUGCCUGUGAAGCCAGGUGCUGUUGCAGCUGCCGGCUCAGUAUUGCCACCUCCAAGGAUUGGUGCGGGCUCAAUGUCGCCGACACGCGUCCGCUCGCCGCAGCCGGGUCGUGGCGGGGCUUGA